CGAACAGGACGAAGAUGACGUCUAUGGCGAAGUGAAGGAAGAUGACGAGGAAGACGAGGCAGAAGGCGAGGAAGCUGUCGUGGAGAUGACUCUUCAGUCGCGUUCGGCGGACCAGAAUAAGGCACUGAGACACACAACAGAACACUUGUGUCCCCGAGAUAUCGAUGCAUUCUGGCUACAGCGCAACUUGGCAAAACAGUGCAAGGAUCCAGUUCUUGCACAGAGCAAGGCACGCGAAUGUCUGGAAAUUCUUCAAUCAGCUAAUGACGAUCGGGAUUUGGAAAAUCGUCUGGUACGAACAGUUGGUUAUGGUCAGUUUGACUUCGUCAAGUUGCUUCGCGUGAAUCGAAUGAUGGUCUUGUACUGCACACUGUUAGCUCAAGCUCAAUCACCUCAAGAGCGCAGUCAACUAGAGAUAAAGAUGCGUUCCGAUCCUCAGCUUUCUGGGAUAUUGCAUGAAUUGCGUGAGACGGAAGGCUCGACGGAUGUGGUUGCCGAAGAACGCCAGCGGAAAUCCAUACAACGUGUUACGCGCCUCCAGGCGGAUGUCGAACAGGAGAGUAUGGAAUCUGAUGGUCUCCAAAUGGUCGAUGAUGGAACAAUCGGGAUUGCAAAUCUGGUCGAUUUGGAGAGCUUAGCAUUCAGUCAAGGCGGACAUUUGAUGGCCAACAAACGGUGCCAACUACCGGAUGGGUCUUUCCGUGAGCAAAAGAAGUGCUACGAGGAAGUGCAUGUCCCGGCCUUGCGCCCGAGAUCUUUAGAGCAGGGCGAAACCUUGGUAAAAAUAGAAAAGUUACCAGCAUAUGCGCAUGCUGCGUUUGAAGGCUGCAAAACAUUGAAUUUAAUCCAAAGUCGUCUGUGUCAUGCUGCACUGGAGACGGAUGAGAACCUGCUUCUGUGCGCACCUACAGGUGCUGGGAAAACCAAUGUUGCUCUACUGUGCAUUAUGCACGAAUUGGGGAAAUUUAUCAACCCAGAUGGCACUAUCAACAAAGAUGAGUUCAAGGUUAUUUAUAUCGCACCAAUGCGUUCGCUUGUCCAAGAAGUCGUGGGUAACUUUAAUAAACUUCUGAGCAGCUAUGGUAUCAAGGUUGACGAGCUGACUGGUGAUCACCAACUGACUCGUGAGCAGAUCUACGAGACUCAGGUGAUUGUUUGUACUCCAGAAAAGUGGGAUGUUGUCACCAGACGUGGUGGUGAUGAACGUGCCUACAUCAACUUAGUCCGUCUAAUCAUUUUUGACGAAAUCCACUUACUUCAUGAUGAUCGAGGACCCAUCUUGGAAGCCAUCGUCGCUCGAACCCUUCGAGCUGUCGAGGCGACUGCAGCUAUCGGCGAUGGAUCAAGUGAACUGGGUGGUGGCGGUGGAGGCGUCCGUCUUGUUGGCUUAAGCGCUACGUUGCCCAACUACGAGGAUGUGGCCACCUUCCUUCGGGUAGAACGUUCGAAAGGACUGUUCUAUUUUGACAACAGCUAUCGCCCUGUCCCUUUGGAACAGCAGUACAUUGGGAUCACAGAAAAGAAAGCUGUGAAACGCUACCAAACCAUGAAUGACAUUGUCUACAACAAGGUGAUGGAAAACGCAGGUCGAAACCAAAUCCUCAUUUUUGUGCACAGUCGGAAAGAGACUGGAAAAACAGCACGACAAUUACGAGAUACGUGUCUUGAAAAAGACACUCUGGGUAUAUUCAUGAAGGACAAAAAUGCGUCGGCGGUCGUUCUUCGUCAAGAAGCCGAACAAGUGAAAAAUAGUGAACUGAAAGACCUUUUGCCCUAUGGAUUUGGGAUUCACCACGCAGGAAUGAGCCGUGUGGAUCGUACUCUUGUUGAAGAUUUGUUCGCUGAUCGUCACAUUCAAGUUUUGGUCUCCACUGCUACCCUUGCUUGGGGCGUUAAUUUGCCAGCCCACACCGUAAUUAUCAAGGGGACUCAGAUUUACAGCCCAGAAAAAGGUCGCUGGACUGAAUUAGGUGCCUUAGAUGUUAUGCAGAUGCUUGGACGUGCUGGUCGACCACAAUAUGAUACAAAAGGUCAAGGGAUUUUGAUAACUAACCACACCGAACUUCAGUACUACCUCAGCUUGAUGAACCAGCAACUGCCCAUAGAAAGUCAGUUGGUUUCCCGUUUAGCUGACUUGCUGAAUGCCGAAGUUGUUCUUGGCACUGUUUCCAGUAUUCGUGAGGCUGUCACAUGGCUGGGGUACACCUACUUAUAUAUCCGCAUGUUAAGGAACCCAAGUCUGUACGGUGUGCCUGAGGGAAGCGAAAAAUCUGAUCCUUGGUUAGAACAGUAUCGACGAGACAUCAUUCAUACAGCCGCAGUGGAACUGGACCGUUGUCAACUGAUCCGAUACGAUCGAAGGACUGGCAGCCUCCAAUCCACAGAACUUGGACGAAUCGCUUCUCACUAUUACUUGACUCACUCGACCGUCUUGUCUUACAAUAAGCUUUUACGCCCCGGAUUGGGUGAAAUUGAAUUGUUCCGUGUAUUUGCUGCCAGUUCUGAAUUCAAACAUAUGAUGGUUCGGCAAGAAGAACGGUUUGAAUUAGCCAAAUUGCUUGAACGCGUACCGAUUCCAGUGAAAGAAUCAGCAGAAGAGCCGUCAGCCAAAGUCAACUGUCUUCUGCAGGCCUACAUUUCUGGCCUGAAGUUAGAGGGAUUUUCGUUGGCAUCCGAUAUGGUGUACAUCACCCAAUCAGCUGUUCGACUGAUUCGGGCUAUUUUCGAAAUAGUGCUCCAUCGUGGUUGGGCUGAACUCGCCGACAAUGCGUUGACUUUAGCCAAAAUGAUUGAGCGUCGUAUGUGGGAAUCCAUGUGCCCGUUAAGGCAGUUCAAGAAAUUACCAGAGGAAGUGAUUCGUAAGCUAGAAAAGAAAUCCAUCCCAUUCGAUCGUCUCUACGACAUGAAUCACCAUGAGUUGGGAGAGUUAGUUCGAACCCCCAAGCUGGGCAAACCGCUACACAAAUACCUACACCAGUUGCCUCGUCUGGAAAUGAGUGUGCAUGUUCAGCCAAUUACCAGGGCGGCUCUGCGCGUCGAAUUGACCUUGACUCCUGAUUUCAGUUGGGACGAGAAAACACAUUCAACUAAUCAAGCAUUCUGGAUCUUUGUGGAAGAUGUCGACGGCAGUACUAUCCUACACCACGAGUUCUUCGUGCUGAAGCAACGAUAUGCAACGGAGGAACACGUGCUUCGUUUUGUAGUCCCUAUAUUCGAUCCACUACCGCCACAUUACUACAUUACAGCUGUAUCGGAUCGAUGGAUUGGUGGUGAAGUUACCCUCCCUGUUUCGUUUAGACACUUGAUUUUGCCGGAGAAGACUGUCCCUCCGACUGAAUUACUGGAUUUGCAACCUCUACCGGUUACUGCACUGCGAAACAAAGAAUUUGAAGCACUGUACGCGGAUCGUGUUCGCGUAUUCAAUCCCAUUCAAACUCAAGUUUUCAACUCGCUGUACAAUUCUGAUGAGAACGUAAUUAUUGCCGCUCCGACUGGCACUGGAAAGACCGUGUGUGCGGAACUAGCUAUUUUCCGUCUAAUCACUACCACGGCUGCAUCAGGACCUUCGGAAGCGGGUAGUGGUUGUCAGGCAUCUGGUUCGGGUAUUUUUCGUUGCGUUUAUGUCGUACCACAUGCUGAACAAGUGGAACAACGCUACAUGGACUGGUCUAGUCGAUUCGGUGAGAAACUUGGGAAGCGUGUCGUUCGGCUUACUGGUGAAACUUCAGUGGAUUUGAAAUUGCUGGCUCGUGGUCAGAUUAUCGUUACUUCUCCAGAACACUGGGAUGUUCUAUCCAGACGUUGGAAGCAGCGCAAGAACGUGCAAAAUGUUAACCUCUUCAUCGUCGACAAUUUGCACUUAGUGGGCUCAGAAUGCGGUCCUGUGUUAGAAGUAGUGUGUUCACGAAUGCGCUAUAUCAGCAGUCAAUUAGACAAUCCUAUCCGUAUUGUAGGCCUGUCUCACAGUUUGUUGAAUGGCCGCGAUAUUGCCAGCUGGCUUGGUUGUUCAUCCGGAGCCACUUACAACUUCCCCUCGGCCACCAGAUCCGUACCGUUGGAGUUGAACAUCGUACCUUUCAAUAUUCCUCAUCAGGCAUCGCGUUUGCUCGCUAUGACCAAACCAGUAUUUCAGUUGAUGACACGCCUUGCCGUAACUCCAAGUCCAUCUGGAAGUCUUCAACCCCUUCAGCGGAAGCCAACCCUUAUUUACGUUCCAACGAGAAGACAGGCACAGCGCACGGCAUUGGAUUUGAUUACCAUGUUCGCAGCAGCCAGUUCAUCAUCCGGAGCAACAUCAAAGUUCGUGCCGAUAUCUGGCCAUUUAGAAGAAGCGUUAUCACGAGCUGCGGAUCAACUGGCGGAUCAUGCAUUGGCAGAAGUCGUUCGACAUGGUGGAGGUAUAGCUUACCUACAUGAGGCUGUUUCCAAACCCGAUCGACGUCUGGUCGAAGUAUUAUUCGCCGCCGGAGCCUUGCACACUGUCCUGGUAUCACGCGCCCUGACAUGGUCAUCGGCGUCGACCAGCCCCCUGCAGGCUUAUUUAGUUAUCAUAAUGGAUACGCAAGACUAUAAUGGCAAGAUUCACGCUUAUGAGGACUACCCCGUCGCUGACCUGUUGGAAAUGUUGGGUCAUGCUAACAGACCCAAUGUGGACUCGGAUGCCAAGGCUGUUGUACUGUGCCAAUCUGGAAAGCGCGAUUUCCUCAAAAAAUUCCUUCACGAUCCUCUACCGGUGGAAUCGCACUUGGACCAUGCACUUCAUGACCACUUCAACGCUGAAAUUGUGACGAAAACCAUCGAAAACAAGCAGGAUGCGGUGGACUAUUUGACUUGGACGUUCCUGUACCAAAGAAUGACACAGAAUCCAAAUUACUAUAACCUACAGGGAGUCACACAUCGUCAUCUCAGCGACCAUUUGAGCGAACUGGUCGAAACCACCCUGGCGGAUUUGGAACAUUCGAAAUGUAUCUCGAUCGACGAUGGAAUGGACUUGUGCCCACUCAAUUUGGGCAUGAUUUCUGCAUACUACUAUAUUCAGUACAAUACCAUCGAGCUCUUCAGCUUAUCUCUAACUGGGAAAAUGAAAAUUCGUGGUUUACUAGACGUGAUCAGCAAUGCGUCAGAAUUCGAUAGUCUGCUGCCAGUGCGCCACCACGAGGAUGCUCUGUUGAGACAGCUCUCCACCAAGGUCCCACAAAAACUAGCUCCUAAAGCCAAGUUCUCCAGCCCUCAUGUCAAGGCGAACUUGUUACUCCAGGCGCAUUUGUCACGUUUACAAUUACCGAUUGAGAUGCAGUCGGACACUGAUCGACUUCUUGGUUGUACGGUCCGUUUGAUUCAGGCCUGUGUAGAUGUCCUGUCGAGUAAUAGUUGGCUUGGACCUGCUCUGGCCGCCAUGGAAUUGUCUCAAAUGGUCACUCAGGCUGUGUGGCACAAGGACUCAUAUCUUCGUCAAAUACCGCAUUUCACAGCCGAACGUAUUGCUAGGUGUCGCGAGUCGAAAAUCGAGACGGUCUUCGACUUGAUAGAGAUGGAGGAUGAUGCGCGCAAUAAACUUCUGUCGGAUCUCACUCCGGCACAGCUGGCUGAUGUUGCCAGGUUUUGCAAUCGGUAUCCCAACAUCGAAAUAAAUUACGACGUCGUGAACUUCACAGGGAUAAAUCUUAGCAAAACAUCAGUGAGAGCUGGUGAGACCCUGACUGUGAACGUUUCGCUUGAACGAGAGGAGGAUAAUGUUGGUCCCGUUGUCGCGCCAUUUUUCUCUCAGCCUCGUGAGGAAGGCUGGUGGUUGGUGAUUGGGGAGCAGAGGACAAAUUCGCUUGUUGCAAUCAAGCGAUUGUUUGUUUCGCAGUCAAUGAAGAUCCGGUUGGAUUUGACUGCUCCAACCCAUUCUGGACGGCACGAGUUCACCCUAUUCUUCAUGUGCGAUGCGUAUAUGGGUUGUGAUCAAGAGUACAAAUUCACCAUCGAUGUGCGCGAAGGAGCGAGUGGUCGUUCUCAUGCCGACUGAAUGUUUUCAGGCUGUUUUGCCGCUUUACCAGCCCUUAAUACAUCCAAGACUUGUGCCCUUUUCAGCCUGUUGUACAUUUGCUCUGUAUGAUAAAGAACUUCCAUUCUCACCUCUUGGGAACACAUUUCAAGUUCACCCUGGUUUGUUCGCUUCUGCAGUGUCGUCCCGCGCUGCCACAUUAAUGGCGGUCUUCCCCUUUAUAUCAC